AUGGGUCAAUCAAAGCGUCCGUUCAAAAAUAAGGAAGAGAGAAAGGGCAGAGGCCUAGGGCGAUCGAGGCACGAUGAAUCUGGCGCUGGCGGGAGGCCGCAAGUCAAAAAGGCCGUUUUUGAAAGCAGUAAAAAAAAGGAAAUCGGUGUCUCGGAUCUUACAUUGCUCAGCAAAGUUUCCAAUGAAGCCAUCAAUGAGAACUUGAAGAAGCGGUUCGAACACGGGGAGAUUUACACAUACAUUGGACAUGUGCUAGUUUCCGUGAAUCCUUUCCGAGAUCUGGGAAUCUAUACGGACCAGGUCCUAGAGUCAUACAGGGGGAAAAACCGGCUCGAAGUUCCCCCGCACGUAUUCGCCGUGGCCGAAGCCGGAUACUAUAACAUGAAAGCAUAUAAAGAAAACCAAUGUGUUAUUAUUUCUGGAGAAUCUGGAGCGGGAAAGACGGAGGCAGCAAAGCGCCUCAUGCAAUACAUUGCGAAUGUGUCCGGUGGCACCGAUUCUUCCAUUCAACAUACAAAACAAAUGGUACUCGCGACAAACCCACUUCUAGAGUCUUUUGGCAAUGCAAAAACGCUACGAAAUAACAACUCCUCGCGAUUCGGAAAGUAUCUAGAGCUACAAUUCAACUCCGUCGGAGAGCCGGUCGGCGCGACUAUCACAAAUUAUCUUCUUGAGAAGUCUAGAGUUGUAGGCCAGAUCAAAAAUGAACGGAAUUUUCAUAUAUUUUACCAGUUUACGAAAGCAGCCCCUCAAUCUUAUAGAGAUGCCUUUGGUAUUCAACAACCCCAGUCGUAUGUAUAUACCAGUCGAUCUCAAUGCCUUGACGUCGCUGGAAUCGAUGAUGCUGCCGAUUUCAAUGACACGCUAGAGGCUAUGAAGAUCAUUGGUCUUCCCCAAGCAGAACAAGAUAAUAUUUUCCGCACCCUGUCUGCAAUACUGUGGCUGGGGAAUAUGCAAUUUGAGGAGGACGACCACUCCAAUGCUUCAAUUACCGACCAGUCUGUUAUUGACUUCGUUGCUUACCUUUUAGAAGUGGAUUCUGAAGGGGUUAAAAAGGCGCUCACGCAGAGAGUUGUCGAAACAGCACGAGGUGGGCGAAGGGGUUCGAUCUAUGAGGUUCCUUUGAACACUGUCCAGGCGACUGCAGUGCGUGAUGCCCUAGCAAAGGCUUUGUAUUUCAAUUUAUUCGACUGGAUUGUUCAGCGAGUCAAUGCAUCCUUGAACGCACGAGGUUCUAUUACAAACACGAUUGGCAUCCUGGACAUUUACGGAUUCGAGAUUUUUGAACGAAACUCGUUCGAGCAGCUCUGCAUUAACUAUGUUAAUGAAAAGCUACAACAAAUCUUUAUCCAAUUAACAUUAAAAACGGAACAAGAAGAAUACGCUCGAGAACAAAUUAAAUGGACGCCCAUCAAGUAUUUCGAUAAUAAAGCUCUCCGCCACCUGAUCGAGGAUAAGAGACCACCGGGGGUGUUUGCAGCACUCAAUGACGCCUGCGCGACUGCACAUGCUGACUCGGCGGCCGCAGACCAGACUUUCGUUGGAAGGCUAAACUUCUUAUCCCAGAAUCCGAAUUUUGAAUCGCGGCAAGGUCAAUUCAUUGUCAAACACUAUGCCGGCGAUGUCGCUUAUGCGGUGGAGGGAAUGACAGACAAGAACAAGGAUCAGCUUCUGAAAGACUUAUUAAACCUUGUCAACUCGAGCAGCAACAGCUUCUUACAUACCCUGUUCCCGAACCAAGUGAAUCAAGACGAUAAGCGGCGACCGCCAACUGCUGGCGAUAAGAUCAAGGCUUCUGCUAAUGAUCUCGUUACCACUCUCGCGAAAGCGCAGCCGUCCUACAUUCGAACCAUCAAACCAAACGAUAACAAAUCACCGUCGGAGUACAAUGUCGCCAAUGUCGUCCAUCAGAUCAAGUAUCUUGGUUUACAAGAAAACGUCAGGAUUCGGCGAGCAGGUUUCGCCUAUCGUCAGACGUUCGAGAAAUUCGUUGAACGAUUCUACCUCCUUUCCCCCAAAACUUCCUAUGCUGGCGAAUAUACUUGGUCCGGCGACGCUCAAUCCGGUGCACGCCAAAUUCUGAAAGACACUAGUAUCCCACCAGAGGAGUAUCAGAUGGGCGUCACGAAAGCAUUCAUUAAAACCCCUGAGACGCUCUUUGCACUGGAGCAUAUGCGAGACCGAUAUUGGCACAACAUGGCUACCAGGAUUCAACGAGCUUGGCGUAACUAUCUUAGAUAUCGGACAGAAUGCGCUAUUCGUAUUCAACGGUUCUGGAGGCGAGUCACGGGCGGACUUCAAUACAUCAAGCUCCGCGAUCAAGGCCAUAAGGUCCUAGGUGGAAGAAAAGAACGGCGGAGAUAUAGUUUGGUCGGGUCAAGAAGGUUUCUCGGUGACUAUCUUGGUAUUGGCAACGCUGGCGGCAUGGGAGAUGUCAUCAAAAGUUCAAUCAACAUUGGCAGCGGUGAUAGUGUUCUUUAUUCAUGCCGAUGCGAGCUCUUGGUGACUAAAUUUGGACGCUCAAGUAAACCGUCUCCUCGACUCUUGGUUUUGACUUCGCGCAAUGUUUACAUUGUCGUUCAAAAAUACGUCAAUAACCAGCUUAACAUAUUGGCGGAACGGGUCAUCCCAAUUGGCGCUAUCAAAUUCGUCAGCACUUCGAAUCUAAAGGAUGACUGCAUCGAAUAUAAUAAGAAGCCUGGUAAACUAGCUACUGUGAAAGCAGUAAAGGACCCAUCAGUGCCCCGCGACGAUGUGUAUAAAAGCAGCACCAUCCGUACUGGGCCUGGGGAACCAGCCAGUUCAGUUUCCAAGCCUACUCCAAAACCAAAACAAGUGGCCGGUAAGCCAAUCACCAAAGGCAAACUGCUCCGACCUGGCGGACCAGGAGGUGGCCCAUCGAAGCUUGCCUCUCGCCCUAAACCCGCCGUUCAGCAUCUUCCUGAGAACCCACGUGCCGCAAAGGAACCCGCCGGCGAAAAGUUCAGACCGGUAGCGCAGCCAGUUGCUGCGGUUGCACAAUCGCAUGCUCGAACCAAUUCAGGAUCCCAAAAUAGGCCCCCGCCUCCUCCUCCACCCUCCCAGCCUCCCGCGCCAAAGAAAAAUAGCGCCAAGGCUCUCUAUGAUUUUGACAGUGGCAGGUCCAAUGAGUUACCGCUUAGGAAGGGAGAAAUCGUGCAAAUCGUAGCCAAGGAAGCUAACGGCUGGUGGCUGUGUAUGAAUAUAGAGACAUCAGUCCAGGGAUGGGCUCCUGAAGCAUACCUCGAGCCAGUCGCAGCACAAGCUCCGUCGCCUCCUCCGCCCCCUCCACCACCAAGCUUUCCGCCGCAAUCCAAACCUGCAGUGACAAACAAUACACUGCAGAAUGGACCGUCGCGCGUCAACGGAGCGGCAGCGAAAGCCAAACCCGCACCACCCGCCCCUCCGGCUAAGCGCCCAAACAUGGCCCGCAAAGCUGUUCCAGCAGCAGCGCCUCGAGACAGCGCAGUCAGCAUGAACUCACACGAGUCCCCAAGUGGUAGCGGCCGUGCAACUCCAAGUAGCGUCAGCAAUGCAAGCCUUGCCGGUGGUCUAGCGGAAGCUCUGAGAGCCAGGCAAAGCGCCAUGCACGGAAAGGACCAAGACGACGAUGAUUGGUAG